GCUGAACCAGCGACAUCUGGUCGUAUUGAAAAGCUUAGAAGCAAUGAAGUGAAUUUAAUGUGGAAGCGGCCUAAAGCUGUAGAGAAAUGGACAGAUACGCCUCAACCGAAAAUGCAACUUUUUAUGAAAUUAAUUGAUAUUGAAUCUGGUAAAGAAGUUGCUGAUGAAUUUACAAAAUUUAAAGCAAUGAUCAAUCCGGAAACUGAAUGUACUAUAGAAGAUUUACCUGUUCAUAAAAUGAUCCUUAAAUCGGAAGCAACUUCUGAACAGCUAGCAACUGAUGAAAGCAACUUCAAAAAUGACAUCAAUAACGCAACAAUUCGUCGUCCGCAAAGUUUUCUUGAAGAUCCGAAUACACUCUUUUGGCUUAUUGUAUGCUUAUGUUGCUUACUGGGAGCUAUCAUUUUACAGUCUAUCAGCGAUGAUGAUCUUCGAUCUCACAGACGUGGUUCCGGUUAA